AUUUUUGAAAAAUUAAAACACUCUCCGAAAAAACUAAAAGUCCCGAAAAACCCUAUUCUCUCUAAUCUGGAAACCUGGCGCCGCCCCCCACCAACUCACGAACGCAUAGCAGAGAGGAAGAGCCCUUAACCUUUGCUCAUCGCUUGUUCUUUGCUCACUGGUCGCUUCUUGUGAUCGUUCACGUCAUUUGAAACCCUGUGGGCACAACAUCUGAAAGAUCUUGACAAGAGAAUCUCAUCCCAAACUCAGUAACUCACCUCACCUACUCCCAGACCCAGGGUUUGUGCUAUUUAUUCGUUUCAGCCGAAUAAGAUGCAGCAGACACCGCAAAUGAUUCCGAUGAUGCCUUCAUUCCCACCCACAAACAUAACCACCGAGCAAAUUCAAAAGUAUCUUGAUGAGAACAAGAAGCUAAUUCUGGCAAUAUUGGACAAUCAAAACCUCGGGAAACUUGCUGAAUGUGCUCAGUACCAAGCUCAGCUUCAAAAGAACUUAAUGUAUUUAGCUGCAAUUGCUGAUGCCCAGCCACAAACGCCAGCCAUGCAGAUGACCCCACAUCCUGCGAUGCAACCAGAAUACUAUAUGCAACAUCCUCAGGCUGCAGCAAUGGCUCAGCAACAAGGAAUUUUCCCCCCAAAGAUGCCAUUGCAAUUUGGUAAUCCCCAUCAAAUGCAGGAAGCACAGCAGCAGCUACACCACCAGGCCAUCCAAGGGCAAAUGGGACUGAGAUCUGGAGGAGGGAUAAAUAAUGGCAUGCAUCUAAUGCAUAGUGAGGCUGCCCUUGGAGGUGGCAGCAGUGGUGGCCCACCUUCAUCUGCAGGUCCAAAUGAUGCUCGUGGUGGAAGCAAGCAAGAUGCUCCUGAGGCUGGGAAGGCUGGUGGAGAUGGCCAGAGCAACUCAGCUGCUGCACGGAACAGUGGUGAUGUUGAAUCAUCUUAUCUAAAGGGGUCAGAAGGGACAAAGUGACUUGCUUUCUCAUAGCUUUCAUAAGAUAUAUGUCUGUUAAUAGUAGGCUUCUCUUAAAGGUAGGACUAGCGUGAUCUGAUGACCUUUGAUAGGUCAAGCAAAGAACAGUAAAUGAAAUUGUGUUGUUAGGGUCUUGGCAUACAGCCGGUUUUGUAUCAACUAUAACAAACUGCCGGUGCCACAAACAUAAUGAAGUGAUAAGGUGAAAAGAUGAAAUUGUCUUGUUAGGGUCGUGGCCUAAAUUGCAUGUUUGUUUUCCACAAGUCUGCUGCAUUGUGUUGAUAUAAAAAAAAAUGUUUGCAUUUGGGGCAAGUGUAUCUGUACUGGGCAUCAAAGUUGAUUCAUAAUUUGCAGUGGAUUGAACCGAUGGUCUGAAUUCAGUUCAGGAUGUUUAGUUUUCAAUCGGCCUUGAUAUUGUAGAACAAUCUGAAGCCAAAAUAUUUUUUUGAGCCGGUGUUCAGAUGUUGAAACUACAAGUUAAUAAUAAAUCAUUAAAAUAUAGAACUUAAAU